AUGGCUGAAUUCGUCCGCACUGAAAUCCUCGGUACAACGUUUGAAAUCACUACGAGAUACUCCGACCCGAAGCCUGCAGGCAUGGGAAGGUUUGGCAUCGUUUGCUCUGCUCACGAUCAGUUUACCGACCAACGUAUUGCUGUGAAGAAGGUUAUAAAUCCGUUCAGCACACCAGUUCUCGCGAAGCGAACCUAUCGAGAGUUCAAACUUCUAAAAGAAAUUAAGCAUGAAAACAUCGUUUCUCUUGGUGAUGCAUUCAUCUCUCCCCUAGAAGACAUUUACUUUAUCACAGAGCUUCUAGGAACAGACUUGGAUCGACUGAUGGCAUCGAGACAGCUCGGCAAACAAUAUAUCCAAUACUUUUUGUAUCAGAUCAUGGAAUCACAGAGAGGGCUAAAAUAUUUGCAUUCCGCUGGCGUCAUUCAUCGUGACCUGAAACCCAGCAACAUUCUCGUCAACGAAAAUUGCGGGUUGAAGAUUUGCGACUUUGGCCUGGCGCGAAUUCAAGAUGCUGAAAUGACUGGUUAUGUCUCGACCCGAUAUUACCGUGCCCCUGAAAUCAUGCUCACAUGGAGAACGUAUGAUGUUGAGAUAGAUAUUUGGAGCGCAGGCUGCAUCUUUGCAGAAAUGCUUGAGGGCAAGCCUCUGUUUCCAGGCAAGAAUCAUGUUGAUCAGUUCUACAUUAUCACCAAGAUAUUAGGCCCUCUCCCCAUUGACGUCAUUAAUGCCAUUACGAGCGAAAAUCUCAUUGCGCAGUAUCUUAACAAUUCGACAUCGCAGGCUCGCAAAUACGUAAAGUCCAUGCCUACGCACAAACGACAACCACUGAAAAAAAGAAUCAAAACUGCCGAUAAUGCUGCAAUUGACUUGCUCGAACGCAUACUCGUGUUUGACCACAAGAAACGGAUAACAGCCAGCCAAGCCCUUAUGCACGAAUAUCUUACUCCUUACCACGAUCCGGCCGAUGAGCCAGUUGCUAAAGAGAGAUUUGAUUGGAGUUUCAGUGACGCUGACCUACCGGUAGACAUUUGGAAAAUGAUGGUAUACUCUGACAUUCUCAAAUACCACCAAGCGAAAUCCGUUGUAGCUGGUAUGGGACGUGAGAAAAUCAGUCAGAAGCAGAAAGAUCGAUGA